UGGAGGGCCAGUAGAAAGUACAGAGCAGAGCAGAUCGGUGCUGAGCUGUCCGGAGCGUGAGCUGAAAAAAUUUCCUUUCCUAUUCAAUGUGCAAUUUGCAAAAGUUUUGUGUCAAUGCCAAAAAUUAGCCACACGGAUUCCAAACAAAAAUUGUUGAAGCAAGCAAGAUUGGGCAAACAUUUGUCAUCGAAAAAAGGAUCUCGCACGGGAAACUCGGCCAACAACAAGGAACUUAAAGUACUCACCCUUUUACAAACUGUACCGUGAACUUUGACCUCUCUACAAACGCAUUGGAAGCGCAGCUUUGUGUAAUCGGCAAAAAAUUUCAAGUAUUCAAAAAGAAACGUCUAGAGACAAAAUGGUCUAUACCGAAC